AUGCAGAGAAUCAUCAAGCGCACGGUGCAGGCCGAGAAGCAGGUCGCCCGGCGCAUGAAGAAGCGUGCCCGCGGCGAGGGCGGUGCUGAAAAGGCCCAGCGCUUCAGGGAUCAGAAGAACAUGCUCACGGAGCUGAACCAGGACAUCAAGGCGGCCCGUCUCGCCCGUCAAGAGAAAUGGGAUCUCGGCCCCUUGGCCCCGCGCCGCGAUAUGUUCGAGACCUACGGAGCCCUCCAGACGAAUCGCCAGGGCCGUUCGACUCCGCUCAAGCCCGACGAGAUUGAGGCACGGUGUGAAUGGGCCGGAGGAGUAGAGUACCUCAACCUCGCCGUCAAGGACCGCGUGGUACUUCUCGAGGGCCCAGAAAAGGGCAAGAUUGACCGUAUUGCGAGUAUCAACCUCGAGUACGGCACCGUUCAGUUGGAGGAGAUUGGAAAGGUCACCGUCCACGUCCCCGAAUCAUUCCAGAACCUCCUCGACGCCCCCACAACACAAAACGCAGCCAUGAACAUACCCAUCUCCGCCAUCCGUCUCGUCCACCCCAUCGUCGACCCUGCAACCGGCGUAGCCCGCGACGUCGUCGUCCGCCAGCUCGCCCGCGGGCCCGUAAAGUGGUCCCGCACCACCGGCUGGCGCGCCUGGACCCGCUACAUCCCCGGCGCCAACAUCGCCAUCCCCUGGCCCGAACGCGAGGCCGAGGUCCGCGAGGACCAGCCCGGCGACACCCUCCGCCUCGACGCCGAGGCCGCCACCUUUGUGCCCACGCUCCUCUCCCCGCCCAUGCCGGCUUCCGUCAUCGACGAGCUCCGCAACAAGUACUCCCGCUUCCGUACCCGCCACGAGGACGAAUACAUUAUGCGCAAGGAGGCCGAGGAGGCCGAGAAGAAGGCCCUCAAGAAGGCGUCGGCCGACGCGCUAGCCUCUAUGCGCACGCCACUGCAGGAGCUCAACCGCGAGCUGCGCGAUGCCCGUCGCGCGCGCGGCAAACCCGAGUUGUCGUCGGAUAUGCUUGAGAGGAUUGGUGAGAUUAUGGCGAGGAACAAGGCCACUCAAGGGGACACUUCCGCGUGGAACGUGCCUACGCCCAAGUUGUUUGAGUCCAAGACGGCGGCGGCGGCGGCAGAAGUACCAAAGGAGACUGAGAGUCAUCCUCCACCUCAAUAA